CGGAGCCGGGGCGGUUCUGGGCGUCUGCUACCGGGGGCGCCUGAGUUUGCUGGAGCCGCCCGCCCUCCGCCGCCUGCCGGCCGACCUGCCCACCCGCCCUCCCUCCCAGCCCUGCCGCCCUGGGAACUCCCCGACCGUCGCCGCGGGCCCGGGACUCGCUCUCUCCUCUCUCCUUCCCACCCGGGCUAGGGCGGCGGCGGCGGCGGCAGCGGGGGCGGCAGAGACCAUCACGGGAGGAGGCAGCUGCGGCGGGGCCGGGGUUAGAGUGGCAGUGUGACACACAAACCGUUCUUCAAUAUGAAAUGUUAGAAGUUAUCCCCAAGAGACCCAGUGUCCUCUUGUCCUGCAGUUUUCAGUUUAAGAAUCCUAAUGCGCCUGGCUAAUUGGUGGUGAGCAGGGGCUUUGGGGCCAACGCAGUGGGCUCCCCGAGGAAACCCCUUUGAAACCAAUGGAUGCAUUCAUGGGCUCGAGUCUCAAGAGGAAGUUUGAUGAUGUGGAUGUGGGCUCAUCCGUUUCCAACUCAGAUGAUGAGAUCUCCAGCAGUGACAGUGCUGACAGCUGUGACAGUCUCAAUGCUCCUACAACCGCCAGCUUCACACCCACAUCCAUCCUCAAGCGGCAGAAGCAGCUGCGGAGGAAGAAUGUGCGCUUUGACCAGGUGACCGUUUACUACUUUGCACGGCGCCAAGGUUUUACCAGUGUGCCCAGCCAGGGCGGGAGCUCUCUGGGCAUGGCCCAGCGCCAUAACUCCGUGCGCAGCUACACGCUUUGUGAGUUUGCCCAGGAGCAGGAGGUGAACCAUCGGGAGAUUCUUCGUGAACACCUGAAGGAGGAAAAGCUCCAUGCCAAGAAGAUGAAGCUGACCAAGAAUGGGACGGUGGAGUCAGUGGAGGCCGAUGGCCUGACCCUGGAUGACGUUUCAGAUGAAGAUAUUGAUGUGGAAAACGUGGAGGUGGAUGAUUACUUUUUCCUGCAGCCCCUGCCCACCAAGCGGCGCCGGGCCCUGCUGAGGGCUUCGGGGGUCCACCGCAUUGAUGCUGAAGAGAAGCAAGAGCUGAGAGCCAUCCGCCUGUCACGGGAAGAAUGUGGUUGUGACUGUCGCCUGUACUGUGACCCAGAAGCAUGUGCCUGUAGUCAGGCUGGGAUUAAAUGCCAGGUGGAUCGCAUGUCCUUUCCAUGUGGUUGUUCCCGGGACGGCUGUGGGAACAUGGCUGGGCGCAUUGAAUUUAAUCCAAUCCGGGUCCGGACUCAUUACCUCCACACCAUCAUGAAGCUGGAGCUGGAGAGCAAGCGGCAGGUGAGCCGCCCCCCAGCCCCAGACGAGGAGCCCUCACCCACGGCCAGUUGCAGCCUGGCAGGAGCCCAGGGCUCUGAGACACAGGACUUCCAGGAGUUCAUUGCUGAGAACGAGACAGCAGUAAUGCACCUGCAGAGUGCGGAGGAACUGGAGCGGCUCAAGGCAGAGGAAGACUCCCGCGGGUCUAGCGCCAGCCUGGACUCCAGCAUAGAGAGCCUGGGCGUGUGCAUCCUGGAGGAGCCUCUGGCCGUUCCCGAAGAGCUGUGCCCGGGCCUCACUGCCCCCAUUCUCAUCCAGGCUCAGCUGCCCCCAGGCUCCUCAGUCCUGUGCUUCGCGGAGAACUCAGACCACCCAGCCGCGUCGGCAGUGAACAGCCCAUCCUACUUGAACAGUGGGCCCCUGGUCUACUAUCAGGUGGAGCAGAGGCCGGUCCUGGGGGUGAAAGGAGAGCCUAGUGCAGAAGAAGUCCCACCUUCUUUCCCCAAGGAGAAGGAUCUGAACGUCUUCUCUCUCCCGGUUACCUCACUGGUGGCUUGUAGCCCCACAGACCCAGCUGCCCUGUGUAAAUCAGAAGUGGGGAAAACGUCCACUCUAGAAGCGCUAGUGCCCGAAGAUUGUAACCCCGACGAGCCUGAGAAUGAAGACUUCCGCCCCUCUUGGUCCCCCUCGAGCCUCCCCUUCCGCACGGACAGUGAAGAGAGCUGUGCGGUGGAGAAAACCUCACAGCAGAGUGAGGACAGGCCCCCUGAAGAUUCCUCGCUAGAACUCCCUCUGGCAGUGUGACUCGGGGAUGGAGAUUCUGCCUCUGACCCGUUCUCUAUUUAUUCCCUUAUUUUAUCUAACACCAUUUCAAAACAAAACUGUAGAAGCAGCUGCUACUCCCAUGUUAUUUUAUUGGGGUCUUUGGGGGAUGGGUGGGAAAGAAUUGUUUGUACAAGUAUUUUUUAAAGGGUAAACAGAACCAAGGAGACCAGUCCCGGCUAGAUGUGGGGAGAGUCUUGGGGCAGAGGAGGCUGCCCAGUGCUGAAUAGUGAGCUUUCUGGGCCAUUGGAACAAAGAACGAGGAUCUCGCAGGAGCAGCUGGGUAAUUCGAGCAGCUAUUCUUUACGUAGGGACCAGAACACAAUAAUUUGAACAGCGUGGCAAAGCCCCUCCUCCUCCUCUCCUGAGCCCCAGGUGGGGAACACGCUCGUUUUUCUCAUCGGUCACCCUGCUAUCCCACUUUGGUGUAUCAUAACGCAGUUGGAGUGUCAGCUGGUCAAAUCUAGAGGAAUGGGCAGGAGGGUCUCUGCGUGUGUAGAAAACCUCCAGGAUUUAUAAAAACGUAACCUACCUUCCUUGGCCCCCUAUUUGGUAAAUAAGUUGAUAUUUGACAUUUUGGUGUUCUCUAACCUGUUCCCCACACUGGGGAUUCCUGGUCUGUAACUUGAAUUCUUUCACAUGCUGUUAGGUACUAGGGUUAAACUUGUCUAUUUGUCUUCCCCCCACCCCUCCUGCUUUCUUUUUCCCUUGAAGAAAAAGCUAGAUUGGCGGGGAAUGUGGCCUAAGGAGCGCAAGGCUUGUGUCUGUAAUGCCAGCACCGUCAGGCAGCUUCAGGCCGGGGCUCACAUGUCCCACGGGAGGCACAGAUGGAGCAUUACCUAUGUCCGAAAGUAGCGGCAGGAGGAGGCUGCUGUCCACAAGGAAGAGGCCUUCAUCUGUGCCAUGUCUGCUUUUUCAGCCAGGUUUCCCCCCGCUCUGAGAGGUUUGGGCUUUAAAGGAACGCAGGAUGUGGCAAUCUAAAGCCACCAACUAGUUUUUGUUCUUUUCUUUCUGUACUACCCUUGUGGUCCUUGGAUAUGCAGGGUUAGAGACUACCCCCCCGCCCCGACAACUGCAAAUGUUUAUUGGGUCCCUCCAUCUUGAUCCAUAAAAAUUGGAAGCCAAACUAAUUCUUAACUGCUACACACAGUUCCCAGGUUCCAAAGAGUUCAAGUUCUGACUGUAACUUUUGAGAUCCACAGAAUGGGACUCAAAUUUGGUUCUUCCCUCCGUGGGGGGACCCGGUUCCUGUUCCUCUUAUGUCCAGCUUAUAUUCUAGGAUGUGCUCCGCUGAACACCACUGAAUUCUUUUUAUUAGUUCUCUUUGCCUCCAUUUUAAAAUGGAGUCAGUAGGGAGCAAAACACUCUCCUUUAGCGUCCCUUAGAUCAGGCUUCACUUCUGGUAUGGUUUACUGACCAAGAAAGAACAAGUGGAAAACUGUUUGCUUUUGGUGGGGGGAGAACUCUUCCUACUUACCUUGCUCACAGAGCCUUUUCUUGCGGGACGUUAGAGCACCCUUUAUGUACGUCACAGCAGCAUUUCACCUAGGAAGUCUCUACACUGAGCCUAUGUGGCCUUGUACUUACACAGAUCUAUCUUUUAACCCAGUCUGCCUCUCCAGUAGAUUCCUGGUGUUGCCUGGUUUUACAUUUGGAGGGGAGUUCUUCAGUACAAGACCUUGUCUCACCCCAUCCUCUGGCCUCACAAAACAAGAGUUGAGAGUCUUAAGCACCUGAUAUGUAUACACUAUCCCAAGCGAAGCCACACUCCCCCCACGAUCGGUCACCCCCUUGAAUAAGGCUGAAGCUUAAUCGCAAAUUCGACUUUCUUCCUGAAAGCUUGUACUGGAAGGGGAGGGUGGGUGCUAUACAUUCCCUCCUCAGGGAGGCUCCAGCCCCACCUUCAGAAGUGGAUUCCACCUGCUCAGUUAGAGACACUUUAGCCUUUCAGAUCAAACCACGAAUUGGAAUCUCACUAUUAAACUCAUUGCCAACCCCCAAGAGAUUUGAUUUUUCUGAAAACCUAGUUUCUUAAUCCAAGUCUAUCCCUCCAGUAACAGACACUUCUGACUCCCGGUGAUCCCAAGUUUUUACAUGCUGAAUAUUAACACUGAGCAUUAAUUGUCUUAAGCAAAAGGCCUUUUCUACAACCCAGUCCAUCUCGUUCUGGUGCUACCUGAGCUGGACACGAUCCUAGCUCAUGGUUGCUAGAAAAGCUAAGCCUAGGCCUCUGAUCACAGGACCAGACAGCUUUAGUCCCAACUCAGUCUAGGCCGAGAUAAAAGAAGUCUCUUAUUACUGCAACUCUUGUGAUUUUGCAGUUUCCUUUCUCAUAUACUGUAUACAGGUAGUAUUUUCAGUGUGAAUCCAAAGCUUGUCUGGUUCUCUGAAAACAAAAAAAAAUUUUUUUUUUUGCCUUUUAGGUCCUUUACAUUGUGAUAAUGCUGUAUUUAAAGAGAAUAUUUAAAUGUAAUAUUAAAGAAAUAUUCAAAAGAA